CCCUCCUGAGAAUCGGGGUGUGCUCCCCAGACCCCCUCCCCUCCAUUGGGGACCCCCUUUUAGGGCCCCCUUUCCCUCCCUCCCACGCUCCCCUCCCCUUCCCUUCUCCAACCCUCUCCUUCCCCUCUCACCCCUCCCCCCAUCCUGGCCCCCCCUGCAAAAGUGGGGUGCGGAGGGGGGAGGGGUGAGAACCUGCGGAGGGGAGGAAGGAAACUCCGAUGAAGUCAGAGCCCCUUACCCGCCGCCGCGGCCAGGCCCCCCAACAUGGACUGUCUCUGUAUAGUGACAACCAAGAAAUACCGCUACCAAGAUGAAGACACGCCUCCUCUGGAGCACAGCCCGGCCCACCUCCCCAACCAGGCCAGUUCUCCUCCUGUGAUUGUCAACACAGAUACCUUAGAAGCCCCAGGAUAUGAGCUGCAGGUGAACGGGACCGAGGGGGAGAUGGAAUACAAGGAGAUCACACUGGAAAGGGGUAACUCGGGCCUGGGCUUCAGCAUCGCAGGUGGCACUGAUAACCCACACAUCGGUGAUGACCCAUCCAUUUUCAUCACCAAGAUCAUUCCUGGUGGGGCUGCGGCCCAGGAUGGCCGCCUCAGGGUCAACGACAGCAUCUUGUUUGUCAAUGAAGUGGACGUGCGGGAGGUGACCCACUCAGCGGCAGUGGAAGCCCUCAAAGAGGCAGGCUCCAUUGUCCGCCUCUAUGUCAUGCGCCGGAAGCCCCCUGCUGAGAAGGUCAUGGAGAUCAAGCUCAUCAAGGGGCCUAAAGGUCUUGGCUUCAGCAUCGCAGGGGGUGUAGGAAACCAGCACAUCCCCGGAGAUAAUAGCAUCUACAUCACGAAGAUCAUUGAAGGAGGGGCUGCCCACAAGGACGGAAGGUUGCAGAUUGGGGACAAGAUCCUGGCAGUCAACAGUGUGGGGCUGGAGGAUGUCAUGCACGAGGAUGCUGUGGCAGCCCUGAAGAACACAUAUGAUGUUGUCUACCUGAAGGUGGCCAAACCCAGCAAUGUCUACCUGAGUGACAGCUAUGCUCCCCCAGACAUCACCACCUGUGAGAGUCCUUCAUACCCCAGAACUUCUUGUGACCCAUCCCAGUCACCCCCAUGA